UUGAAAGGCGUGUAUUCGGUCUUUACACGUAUGAAAUGAAAGCGAAAUCUGUCCGAAAUGACCAAAAAGAAAAGAAUACAUAAAAAAUGUUUUAGGGAAGCAGGAAGGUAAUAACUCCAGCAAUUUAUCAACAGAAAAAGAAAAGAAAGAAAGAUGAGUUCAGGAGAGACGUCCAUGGAUACAGUUAUGGAAGAUGAAGAUUCCUUUGUUUCUGAUACAAAUGCAGUCGUCUACGCUGCUUCUGAUAUUUCAGGCUGGACCCACAGUUUGAUCUCAGAUAACAAUAUUACUAAUUCAUCGUCUUCUACUAGUGUAGACGACCGCCACCACCAGCAGCAGAUUUCUAAUGCUGCCAGUGGUGGCGGUGAUUCGAUGAAUGUAUCAUCAAGUGCAUCUUCCAGAUGGUUUGAGAAUAAUAAGCAAAUUGAUGAUCAGCAACAGAUUAGGAUAUUUAAUGUUGAUUUCAGGGCACUUUGCAGUAGAUCUGAUUUUCGUAGCCCUUUAUUGGCGGAUACUGGUCGGACAGUGAACGAAGAGAUGGCUUGUGCCGAGGCGAUCCAAGAGAACAACUUUACUCUAGCAGAUGUACUAAUCAGAGUACUAAUCAGCCAAUCAAGAACACUUACAAUUGGAGGAGCAAUGAAGAAAAUGGCGACUUAUUUUGCAGAAGCUUUGUACCAGAAGAUUUACAGAACGAAUCCACAAGAUUUUGUUGAAUCAUCCUAUUCCAAGGAAAAAUUCUUACAUAUAAGCUUCUACGACAGCUACCCCUUACUCAAAUUCACCCACUUCACUGCCAAUCAAUCCAUUUUUGAGGCCUUCGCCGAUUCCAAGAGAAUACAUGUAAUUGAUUUCAGCUUGAAUCAAGGUCUGCAAUGGCCAGCACUUAUGCAGGCACUCACUUUGCGUCCUGGAGGUCCACCGGCUUUUCGGCUUACAGGAAUUGGUGGCUACUCUCAGCCUGAUGAAAGUAGCGAUGCCUUACUGGAAGUUGGUUUUAAGCUCGCCCAAUUUGCAGAGUCAAUUGGUGUAGAUUUUGAAUUCCAAGGAUUCAUGGCCCAUACUUUAGCUGAUCUUGAAGCACCAAUGUUGAAUAUUAGACCCAGUAAUGUGGAAGCAGUGGCUGUGAACUCUGUUUUCAAGCUUCACCGCCUGUUUUCCAUUCCAGGAUCAAUCGAAAAAGUGCUGGAUUUAAUAAAACAAAUACAGCCGAAGAUUGUGACCAUCGCCGAACAAGAAGCGAAUCACAAUGGAAGUGUCUUUACGAACAGGAUUAACGAAGCAUGGCAUUACUAUUCAACAAUGUUCUAUUUGUUGGAGAACUCAGACUCGAUUAAUCCCAAUACUCUAGACUUGGAAAUGGCGGAGCAGUACCUAGGGAGGGAGAUCUAUAAUUUGGUGGCUUGCGAAGGGACUAAGCGAGUUGUGAGACACGAGACGUUUGGUCAAUGGCAAGUGAGGUUUAACUCUGCAAGGUUCAACCUGGUUCCCCCGAGUUCAGAUAAGUACAGACAGGCAGACAUGUUAUUGUACUUGUACGCUAAGGGAAAGAGAUACAAAGUAGAAGAAAAAGAUGGGUGUCUUAUGGUGAGUUGGCAUAGUCGCCCGCUCAUCGCCACAUCUGUUUGGCGCGGCUAUGUCGCCUAGUCUAGGGAGUCGGUCAAUGGGUGAACUCGUUGGACAAAUUUAAGAGAAAACAACUUUCUUUCUUUGGCUGAUGUUAAAAAAAUCUUCUUGUUUGCUAUAACACCUAGCAAUGUGGUCACUUGUUAAUAAGAAUGUAAUCAACGCAUUCUGAAGUGCUUUUUAUUUUGAAUUUGGAAAAUGGUCAAAUAAAUUCUUGUAUUAUCAAAAAUAGUUUAAAUAUACUACUUACAUUAUA